AUGACUCUGCUCAAGCUCUCUCUAAUGGCUUUCAGUUUUGUCUUCUGGGCAGCAGGGCUAAUUAUGCUUACCAUUGGCAUUUGGGCCAAGAUUUCACUGGGCACCUACUUUGUGUUGUCUACCAAUGAGUAUCCCAAUACCUCCGUCAUCCUGUUGGCGACUGGCACUGCAGUCAUUGUAUGGGGCUUUCUGGGUUGUGUUAGUGCAGCAACCGAACACCGUUGUCUGCUGUGCACCUAUGGGGGUUUUCAACUGGCUGUUUUGGUGGCUGGCCUGGCAGCAGGGCUCUCUAGCUUGUUUUACCGCAAGGAUAUUGCCGAAGGUUUCCAGAAGGGGCUGCAGGAAGCCAUACAUUCCUACACAGAGAAUGAGGAAAAGGCAGAAGCCCUGGAUUCCAUCCAGCGCACCUUGGACUGCUGUGGGGUAGAAAGUUACCGGGAUUGGUUUUCUUCUCCCUGGUCUAUGGAGCAACAAUCACCCAAUGGCUCAGUGCCUGCGAGCUGUUGUCGAGCUCGCAAAGGUUGCCUGCACAGUCCUCUUCCUUCAGAUGCACGUGGCAUCUACCAUGACGGAUGCUACAGCAAGGUCUAUGACUUUGUCAGUGACAACAUGUUCUACAUUGCCACUGCUGCGCUCGGGCUGGCACUGAUGCAAGUGGUGGGCAUCGUCCUGGCUUGUCUGCUGGCUGCUCGCAUUUUGCCGUAUGCUUAG